AUGCUCUGUAUAAUACUUUUCCCCGAGCGAUGGUUUAGCGGAUUCGGAAUUGUAACCAAGCAUCCUGAGUUCUAUACCCGAUUCAACACUAGAGCAUGCAGCCGAUCCUGGAUACAUAACUCUAAAAAGUGUGUGUGCAGUUUUGGAUCUUUAUUGGUAGCCAGUCUUUCACUUCUGCCUCUCCACUCCCAUGCCUUUCUUGGUCGGACCAACCCAACCGGCGAUUUCCGACAAGUCUUUCUGCUUAGAGCAAGAAGAGGAACCAAAAUAAAGCUUUCUUUAUUUUCAUUUAUGGAUAACCAAUCCAUUUUCCAAUAUAGUUGGGAGAUUUUACCCAAGAAAUGGGUACAUAAAAUGAAAAGAUCGGAACAUGGGAAUAGAUCUUAUACCAAUACUGACUACCCAUUUCCAUUGUUGUGCUUUCUAAAAUGGCAUACCUAUACAAGGGUUCAAGUUUCGAUCGAUAUUUGCGGAGUGGAUCAUCCCUCUCGAAAACGAAGAUUUGAAGUUGUCCAUAAUUUACUGAGUACUCGGUAUAACUCACGCAUUCGUGUACAAACAAGUGCAGACGAAGUAACACGAAUAUCUCCGGUAGUCAGUCUAUUUCCAUCAGCCGGCCGGUGGGAGCGAGAAGUAUGGGAUAUGUCUGGUGUUUCUUCCAUCAAUCAUCCGGAUUUACGCCGUAUAUCAACAGAUUAUGGUUUCGAGGGUCAUCCAUUACGAAAAGACUUUCCUCUGAGUGGAUAUGUGGAAGUACGCUAUGAUGAUCCAGAGAAACGUGUGGUUUCUGAACCCAUUGAGAUGACCCAAGAAUUUCGCUAUUUCGAUUUUGCUAGUCCUUGGGAACAGCGUAGCGACGGAUAAUUCCGAAUCUACAUAGGUCUAGUCCAGGGGACAAAUCAAUAGGAAAUGCUAUUU